UGUAUGUUCUCCUAAAGUUAGAUCGCGAGCCCCAAUGGUGGCAGGGACUGAGGUCGGCCAUGACGCUCUCUGUACAGCGCUGCAGAAGAUGUUGGAGCUAUAGGAGUAACCGAAAUGUACAGUAUAGAUGCGGCACAGUCACAGCUUGCAGAGUGUUAUCAAAGACUCCUAGUAGUAACUGAGCCGCCCUGCCUCCCCCACCGGCCUCCCUCUUCUUCUCCUCUUACAAUCAUCUGAUCCUUCUCAUAACCAUCACACAGCACAGUGCCUGUGGAGCGAGGCGGAGCAGAGCCACAUACCUCCUAGCAAGUAUGCAGAGCAAGGGCUAGAUGAGUUCUGAGACUUUUUUUUUUUUCCUCAUCAUGGAGAAACGUACUGCCUGGACAAAGUGCAAUUGUUUCCAUAGAUCCAAGAGAUCCUACCUCCUUUCAUGAGCGCAGAUCAUGGGAUUGUAACGGAUAAGGUCUGCUGUGUAAGCGUGGAAGAACGUACGCUGUCCUCCGUGCGGUGGUCUCCAACCCACCUGUGAUGUGCAUUGAUGGGACGGAAGAUGAAAAGGCCGACCUGUAAAUACUCCUGCAAGGUCUUCUUCAGGAUUCUGUUAUUCAUCGGGAGCAUGGUAUGCCUCCUGUACAUCUGCAAGGUGGGACUGGACGCCAAGACGUGUGACCUCCGAGCCCUGGACGCCAACCACAUCAAGAAUGCCCACGCGUUUGCCAGGAGGGUGGAGGAGGCACAGUGCAGACCGGCAUUUGCAAAACUGGAAAUGGACCGCUUGUUCCAAAACAGAUACAACAUAGCCCUAGAAAGCUUUGUUAAGAAGGACAGGAACUUAAACGAACUUUUGUAUCAGUAUGACCCACCUUUUGGGUUCCGUCACUACCUCAAGGAACUUGAUGACAUUUUGGACAUGAUAACCAAUAAUGAUCUUCCCAUGAGACCAGGUUCCAAAGACUGCAAGCGCUGCAUUGUCAUAGGGAGCGGGGGAAUCCUCCAUGGUCUGCAGCUGGGGCAUGCCAUCAACAAGUAUGACGUUGUCAUCAGAUUGAACAAUGCUCCGGUUCACGGCUACGAGAGAGAUGUUGGGAACAAAACCAACAUCAGAAUGACUUAUCCGGAGGGGGCGCCGGUCUCAGAACAGGAGUAUUUCAGUAACAGUCUUUUUGUCACCGUUCUCUUCAAAUAUGUGGACUUCUUGUGGCUUCAGGCCAUUCUGAAGAACGAGACGCUGUCCAUCUGGGACAGGCUGUUUUUCUGGAAGAGCGUCAACGACAAACUACCUCUUAAAGCUAAUCAGAUCCGGAUCCUGAAUCCACUCAUAGUGAAAGAGACGGCCAUGGAUAUCCUGCAAUUUCCCCCACCUCGGCAGAAGUGGUUGGGCUGGAACAAGAAUGUGCCUACCAUUGGUGCCAUAGCCAUGGUCCUGGCCACCCAUUUAUGCGAUGAAGUGAGUAUCGCCGGCUUCGGAUAUGACCUCAGUCAGCCGGACAUAACCUUACAUUACUAUGAUAACCUGUGUAUGGAAGCAAUGAACCGUCAACCAAUGCAUGACAUCAGCAAGGAGAGGAAGCUGCUACAGACUCUGGUGCGGGAAGGUGUGGUGAAAGACUUGAGCGGAGGACUCCAUUGUGAAUUCUGCUCCUCCCAUCAGACUCAGGGUGUCGCCACUGAUACAUAGAUAUUUGCGUCUUAAACUGGGAUCAUCCUCACGUGAUGAGGGAACGCUCCUUCAAGUAAUAGAAAGCCGACCUGCCUCCUGUGGAGUAUUCAUCGUAUUGCUGCUUGAUGCUGCAUCAUGGUUCAUCUCCAUGACACUGUGGAGAAUCAGGGUGGUCAGCACUCCCACUAUGGGGGACCAUACGAUAUCUAAACCACUAACAUUGUCCACCCACCACCUUCUCAUGGUGCUGACAAAUCUGCAGCCCCUACAUCAUCUGGAUGAAAUGAAGACUUCAGAAACACCGUCUACAACAUCAGGCACUCAAGACCACAACUCCCAGUGUUCAUAGGCUUCCUGUGGAGCAUGCUGGGAGUUGUAAGAUAACCAUGGCAGACCACUGGAUUACGGGCUAGAUAAAGCAUCAGACACUGUGUUGUCUUACUCAUGGUGACUGCUGCUCCUCUCUUCAGAGACCUUGUAAAAACCAGAAAACCACUUCACUGUUGAGGACGACUGGACUCCAUAUUGUCCCUCAUACAUUUUAUGAUCAGAAAGGUUGUACCAGAUGAUUUCUUCCAGAAACGGCGCUCACACAGGUUGUGUUGAGCUGCAAUACCAGAAACAACCAAUGGAAAGAUGUGGCGCUGUUUCUGGAAGUAGACAUGUUUU